GGCCCGGGGGCGGGGUCCGGGGCGGGAGGAGAAGGGUUGGGCCGCGGUCGCGGGGCCGUCUCAGGCUGCCGUCCCGCCCCUCCCGUCCGGCCGCCGCCGCCGCCACCGCCGCCACCGCCUGGGGGUUGGUUGAGGUGGACGGCGGGGUCCGGGCCGGAGUACGUCGUUCCCGCUGCGCUAGGGGAAGCGGGCAGUCAGAAAAAUGGGUAAGAAGAGUCGAGUAAAAACUCAGAAAUCUGGCACUGGUGCUACAGCCACUGUGUCACCAAAGGAAAUCUUGAACCUGACCAGUGAGCUGCUGCAGAAAUGCAGCAGUCCGGCGCCUGGCCCAGGAAAAGAGUGGGAAGAGUAUGUGCAGAUCCGGACUCUAGUUGAGAAAAUACGGAAAAAGCAAAAAGGUCUGUCCGUUACUUUUGAUGGAAAAAGAGAAGAUUACUUUCCUGAUCUAAUGAAAUGGGCCUCUGAAAAUGGGGCUUCUGUCGAGGGUUUUGAAAUGGUUAACUUCAAAGAAGAGGGCUUUGGUUUGAGAGCAACAAGAGAUAUCAAGGCAGAAGAAUUGUUUUUAUGGGUUCCACGAAAAUUGCUAAUGACUGUUGAAUCUGCUAAAAAUUCAGUGUUGGGGCCCUUAUAUUCUCAAGACCGAAUCCUUCAAGCCAUGGGAAACAUCGCACUGGCCUUUCAUUUGCUGUGUGAGCGAGCCAGCCCUAACUCCUUCUGGCAGCCCUAUAUUCAAACCCUCCCCAGUGAAUAUGACACUCCUCUCUACUUUGAAGAAGAUGAAGUUCGGUAUCUUCAGUCCACACAAGCUAUACAUGAUGUCUUCAGCCAGUAUAAAAACACAGCUCGACAGUACGCCUACUUCUAUAAAGUCAUCCAGACCCAUCCUCAUGCCAACAAACUGCCCUUGAAGGAUUCUUUCACUUACGAGGACUACAGGUGGGCAGUCUCUUCUGUUAUGACGAGGCAAAACCAAAUUCCCACAGAGGAUGGUUCCCGCGUGACCCUGGCUCUGAUUCCUUUAUGGGAUAUGUGUAACCACACCAACGGCCUGAUCACUACUGGUUACAACCUGGAAGAUGACCGCUGUGAGUGUGUGGCUCUGCAGGAUUUUCGGGCUGGAGAGCAGAUUUACAUUUUUUAUGGCACUCGAUCCAAUGCAGAGUUUGUGAUCCACAGUGGUUUUUUCUUUGACAAUAACUCACACGACAGAGUGAAAAUAAAGCUUGGAGUGAGUAAAAGUGACAGACUAUACGCCAUGAAGGCUGAGGUCUUGGCUCGUGCCGGCAUCCCCACUUCCAGUGUUUUUGCAUUGCAUUUUACCGAGCCGCCCAUCUCUGCUCAGCUUUUGGCUUUUCUCCGAGUAUUCUGCAUGACUGAAGAAGAACUGAAAGAACACUUGCUGGGAGACAGCGCUAUUGAUAGAAUCUUCACCUUGGGGAACUCGGAAUUUCCUGUUAGCUGGGACAACGAGGUCAAACUUUGGACAUUUCUUGAAGAUAGAGCCUCACUUCUUUUAAAAACAUAUAAAACAACUAUUGAGGAAGAUAAAUCCGUCUUGAAAAACCAGGAUCUUUCUGUUCGUGCAAAAAUGGCCAUCAAAUUGCGCUUAGAUUUGGUCGUUAAGGUUAUUGGAUCAAAAAGAGAUGAAGUAUGCUUCCAGUUGAGAACAGCCUCUGCAUGACAUAAAAAUGGCGCCCACAAGAACGGAACUGUUUUGAUGUCAGAAGACAGUAUCUAUUGAACAGCAUUACUUUCCUGAGUUGGGUAGGAUUGCCCUAAAAUGACUCGCAAAGGCAGGCGAGACCACAGCACACAUUAGUCAUCCUCGUUGCCCCGCUGCGGUUCGGCAGCUCUAGUGCUGCCUGCACAGACACUUGGAGCUACAACUUAAGCAUUUGAAAAUUGAGGGAAAGUGAUUAAAUUGGCAUUGAAGAACCCUCAUUGCCAUCUGUCAUGAAAAUAGACCUUUCUCUCAAAUCAUUUUAAAGUUUACUUUCUUCUGAAUGCUUUUGGAUAAGAGGCUGUUCAGGCUAGUUACUGGAAACAUGCCAGGCUCUGCUUCUGUUUCAUUAGCUCUGUGUGUUAUUUGUGUAAAUAGCUAGCAAUUAGAUUUCACCGGCCUAGAAAAACCUCCCUGUUUUUCAUGUAAACUGGCAAUUGAUAGGUGGUUUUUCCCCAGUAGUUUCUAGAAGAGGCUCACUAAGAGAUGUCUGUAAUUUUUUUUUUUUUUUUUGAGAGAUGGGGUAAGACAUUAAAAAUAGUCCCAGGUUCCCAAUAUACAGAGUUAUGCUAAAUUAAACCUCCACUUAAAAAUGAGGGAAUCAAUUUUCUGUAAAUCAUCAGUUAUAUUUUCUUUUUUCUUUUUCUUUAAGACAGAAUCUCACUCUGUCUCCCGGGCUGAAGUGCAGUGGCACUGUGUCAGCUCACUGCAACCUCAAUCUCCUGGGUUCAAGCAAUUCUCCUGCCUCAGCCUCCCGAGUAGCUGGGAUUAAAGGUGCCCACCACCACACCUGGCCAAUUUUUUUUUAUUUUUUAGUCUCACCAUGUUGGCCAGACUGGUCCCGAUCUCCUGACCUCAGGUGAUCCGCCUGCCUCUGCCUCCCAAAGUGCUGGGAAUACAGGUGUGAGCCACUGCACCCGGCCACCAGUUAUAUUUCCUUGGUGAUUAAUACGUACAUUGUAGGAGCAAAAGAAUAAAGCCAGUCCAAUGAAAGUGCAUGUGACUUGAGCUCAGAACCCAAAUGGCACUGACUGUGAAGAAAAUAGGGAAUGAUAGUGGUGGUUGGUUUGGAGGGUACUUUGUGGAGAGCCCGGAUAUGACAGUGUUGACGGUAACCCUAGCUGAAGUGAGCAGCUGCUUCUGCACCGUGCUCGUGUUAUUAUUGAUCUGGCAAAACAAAUGCGUGUAAUGCGGGAGAGCUGCUAACCUGACCCAGGAAUUUGACUCAUUUUUAUUUAAAUGUCAAUUUGAGGUGGGUGUAGGAUAGGAUCCAGUAAUGUCAUUAAGGGUCACCCUACUAUUUUAAUCAGCAGCCCCUUAUCUAAUAUAUUCCUAAAAUUCUGUGUAUAAA